CGCCACGAGGGGAGGUGUCGUCGAUCCCCGCAAUCGUUACUACUUUUUUCGAAGUUCUCCAUACAGUUUUUGUUAUAAAGUUUCGAGAGGAAGUUUUAUGUGUUCUGUCUUUUAUUCCCUGGAACUAAAAGGGUCUGAGACUGUUUGCGGUGAAGUUUCUUAAGUUCUACGUUGGUUGUGUUUUUUUGUUAUUGUUGAGUUUUUUUGUUUGGUGCAUCGUGCCGGUCCGGAGACCGGGCGGUCCUAGCGAGGCACCGAGCCUGGACGCGUGGCUGACAGACCCAAAAGGACAAAGCCUUUAGGGCGUGUAGUUGUGGUGCGUGGUGCGAGCGGUCCCCGCUCCAACCGUCAAGCUGGCAGCGAGCGCGCUGAGUAUGAACCCGCACUACCACGGGUACGCGGAGCUCAGCUCGCCGCACCCGCCCUCGCCCGAGGCGGCCUUCGCGGCCAACGGCCACGACUACCCUCACAACAACAACAACCCAGCCCUCAAAGAAUGCGCCGGCUGCGGCGGCAAGAUCGUCGAGCGUUUCCUCCUCCACGCCCUCGACCGAUACUGGCACCACGGCUGCCUCAAGUGCACCUGCUGCGGCCAGGCCCUGGCCGACAUGGGCAGAUCCUUCUACUUCAAAGGCGGCAUGAUACUCUGCAAAAGCGACUACACCAGAAUGUUCGGGUCGGGCGGCGCGUGCGCGGCGUGCGGACAGGCGAUACCGGCGAGUGAGUUCGUGAUGCGGACCAGCGCGCCGCAGCAGCCGCUACACGUGUUCCAUAUAAAGUGCUUCGCUUGCUCCAAGUGCGGCUCACACCUUAUGCAGGGAGAUAGGUACUACAUGUUGGCGGGGUCACUAGUCUGCGAACAAGACUGGCAGAAGUUGAUGAAGAGUGCGAACGCGACGCCCGGCGCGCCCGUGCGCAAGGGCAAGGUGGGGCGCCCGCGUCGCUCGCGCGAAUGAGCGCCGCCGCCUGCGCCCGCGCCGCCACCGCCGCCGCCCGCGCACCACUCGCACAGGGACUAUGAGGAGAUGAUGGCGUGUUCGUACUUGUCAGCGACGGGGAUAAAGCCUGAAGUACCAGGGCCUAGUGCGGCCUGCUGGACGCCACCGAGUGUCGGUCCAGGGCCGGAGCUGCAGGGUCCGUCGGGGUUGCCGCCGUACUUGCGACCAGACCUGCUCGUGACCCCGCUGCCGCCGCCACUUGCGGUCCAACUACCACCGCCGCUAGCGGUCCAACUAUCGCAGCCGGUGGUCCCCCCGCCAGCCUCAGAGCCAGCCCUGGACCUCACCACCGCGCCGAUAGCUCCCCGCCUGCCGGCACCCAGUGACGACGACUCUGAGUGACAUGUGUGCUAUGGACCCCUGAACUAUUAAAAACACUCCGUGAUUAUUACUAGCCGCUUCCAGCGAAGAUCCUUAGGAGGAAAUUAUCGUUUUACUUCGAACGGCUAGUAAUUCAGUGAACUGUUAAGUAAUCUUUAGUACCUAUGACAUAUUUAAUUUCGGUUGUGAAAAAUGGCAAUUUACGUAAAAAAUAUUUGCUCUAUGUAAAUUACCAUAAGUUCUGGUACUUAAGCGUUACAGAAUGAGAUGUGUUAAACACAAGCGUGUUAAUGUUCUGUUUAAAGUGAUAAUGAGGUGUCAGUGUGAGCAUAUCCUAAUAUCGUAUUGAACUUGUACUGAAAAUAAGUCACUACGCUUUGAUAAAUUAUUGUUUCUAUGUUUUUUAAAAAAUAAAAUUGCUGUAGAAUCGUCGAACAAAUCCACUUGUAAAAUAUUCCGACUAUAUUUUCCUUUUACGUGCGCAAUGUGAGGAAUAUGCAAAUUACAAGGUCUCUA